AUACAAUGGUUGAUGACAAUAGUAAUGCUAAUGUGAACAAUAUUAAAAAUAGUAGCUAUAACAAUAUUAACACUAUAAAAACCAUUAAUGAUAAGGAAGAUCAAGCCCAAUGUCAAAGAAUACUGGUGCUAUACCAAAAAACAAGCCAAAUACAUUGAGCUCGCAUAAAACGGAAAAGAUCCAAACUGGAAUGGACCGUUAUGUCACUUAUACAAAACGUAAGUCCAGCCCUAGGAUUUCAAAAUUGGAACCAAAUCCAAAACAGGCGAAAACAAAUUCGAAAUAAAACUAGAAAUAACUUUUUAUCGGUUGAGUGCAGCCAAGUCACACUCCACAAUUAAAACAUCAACAACAAAAACACUUCCAACUACUGCAUCAUUUGUCAGAUGAAGAGGCGAACGAUGUACCAUCUAUAGACGUCCCCAACACUCCAGCGCGAGAAGAGAUGGAAUAUAUGCUGCCUCCUACACCAGGAAAUAAUUUUGAAAAUUUUAUCCCAAACCAAGAGAUCGAAGAUAGUGAAUUUGAUGAGAUCCCGUGGUUCAGCCCAACCUACGUCGAGCUCGAACUAGCACCAACUCCAGGAAGAAAUUCAUUUGAGAGAUAUUCACCCCCAAACAGUGACGACGGCGUAGAAAUACCACAAAGCUCCAACGCAAUAGACUUUGAUGAGAUGGAAGAAACAUUUAGAUCAACAUUCGGUGCGUUUGAUACGACUGUCGAUAUAAGACAACCAUCACCAACAAAAAAUAGUUCAUCCCCACGUAACGGAAGAGGAUGGUUCACCAUUGAUGUGGAUGAUAGCCGAUGCCAUGACUUUUGUGGUCAUAUUGGAUUCCAAAGGACAAUCACAUAUCGUUUCUGGGUAAGCCAGAAAUACCGAAAGACUGAAGUUCCCCAGAUAUGUUUUCCAUAAAUCUAUCCUCGAAGAGCUCAACCGAAUCAGAUUCUACAUACAUCCUAUAUUUUACACCCAAACAAUCGCCACUUAUAGAUACCGUUAAAUUAACUUCAACAAACCAACCAAUAAUAGAAAAACCAUUUCUGUUAUCACCAACAAAAUCUCCUUCUUCAUCGUCAUCUCCUUCUACAUCAUCUUCUUCUUCAUCAUCUUCUUCAACAUCUUCUUCGUCGUCAUCUUCUUCAUCAUCAUUUUCUUCUUCAUCAACAAAAGCAUCACCUUCAUUACCAACACCACCUCCAGCUACAUCUCCAUCAUCAUACACAUCCACUAGUACACCCCCUAACCAGUGUUGCCAAAACCUAAUUGGAAGAAAGUGCUAGAUUUGUUUUAAGAAAUGCUAGAAAGUGCUAAAAAUAAAGAA